GUGACAACAGAGGUUGGAAAACUUCUUGGAGAAGAAAAGGUGGACGCAAUCCUGUGUGUAGCAGGAGGAUGGGCUGGAGGCAGCGCCAAAGCUAAAUCUUUAUACAAAAACUGUGAUCUGAUGUGGAAGCAGAGCAUUUGGACAUCCACUAUUUCCAGCCACCUAGCCACAAAACAUCUGAAAGAAGGCGGCCUCUUGACUUUGACAGGAGCUCAAGCUGCUUUAUCUGGAACACCAGGGAUGAUUGGGUAUGGCAUGGCCAAAGGAGCAGUGCAUCAGCUUUGUCAGAGCUUAGCUGGUGCCAAUAGCGGCUUGCCAUCUGGGUCUGCUGCUGUUGCCAUUUUACCGAUCACCUUAGAUACACCAGCGAACAGGAAAUCAAUGCCUGACGCAGAUUUCAGCUCCUGGACACCCUUAGAAUUCAUUGCUGAAACCUUUUACGACUGGAUAACGGGAAAGAAUCGACCAAACUCGGGGAGUCUUAUCCAGGUGAUAACUACAGGAGGGAAGACUGAACUAGUUGCAGCAGCACAUCUUUGAUGUGAGUCACUUCAGGUGGCAGAACUUCAUCAAAGGAGAAGCUGUGGAAAAAUCUGUCUGCCGGUAUAAUUUGGAUGGUCUUCUGUACCCAGUGAUUGUAGUUAUGUCACUAAUGGACCCAGAUUUCAAGUAAUGUUUCUGUGCUGUCAGUUGUAAGCUAUCAGCAUUUUUUUGCCAACAAGUGUCAAGCCUUUGUCUCCAGAUGAGAGUUGCAGGCUUGAAGACUGUAGGUGUCUGAGCAUUACCUGUCAGUUUACCUGUUUUCU